AUGGACACACAACUUGCAAAUAACUUGGAGGACUUGCAAAAGAUGUUUCUCUCCCGGAUGGAGCUAUAUGAUCAGAAGCUUGCGAAGGCUUCAGUUGGUGGACCCGCAGUGCAUAAAGACUUGGCUUCCUUAUCGCGUGAGUACUCUGAGUUCAAGACCUUCAUUUGGCAAGCCUUUUCCAAAAUAAAGUCCCAACUUGAACUAUUGACAACAGGGCAAGACCGACAUGAAAUGGCCAUGCGCAGAAAAGUACUUUUACUCCAUGGCCUUAGUGAGAAACAGAAUGAGAAGUUGCACGAUGAGGUCCAUAGAAUUAUUUGUUCUCAGAUGAACUUAUCUGAUGUGCCAAGUAACAGUCUGCAAGUCUGCCAUCGUCUGGGAACUGCCUCUAGUUCCAAACAUCGUCCAGUAUUGGUUAGAUUCACCACAUUGGAACACCGUAGUCAUGUUUGGGACAACAAAACAUCUCUGAAAGGCACUGGCAUUACCAUCUCCGAAUUCCUGACUAGGCCUAGGCAUCGAGCGUUUACUAUGGCCCGUAAUCAUUUUGGUGUCAAGAAUUGCUGGUCAUCAGAAGGAAAAAUUGUAGUUUUGCUACCAGACAAAACAAGAAGCAAGGUCGAGACUGUUGCCGAGGUAACCCGGCUUAUCUCUAUUCAUCCGGUGUGUUCCGAUAUUCCUGGCCCCAGUGGAACCCAAGAAUCUGCUCCAAAGAGACAAACCCGCCAGAAAUCUCGGCAUCGUUGA